AUGCCCGAAGAGCCUUUCACUGGAAGGGACUUCGAGCACCAUCAUCACCACAAGCAUAGAGAUGGCCCCGCAAGCGCCAAAGAAGACGACCCCCAGCAUAAUGAGGGUAAAUUGAAGACCGAUGAUGACUAUCUGAAGGAUUACAAGAAAGGUCUCAAAGAGUAUUACGGGGAAGACAAAGAGUUGGAAGUUGAAGAGCCACCUGUGGGUGCUUGA